CCGAGUAAGAAUUUGCAAAAUGCAAUAUUCAUAUAUAUUGAAAUUGCAGAACCUUCGCGGGGGUUGGUUUGUCUGCGACAUAAGACCCAAAAAACCUUCAGCCAUGCAAGGAUCGCUUUAAGUGCAAUCAGGCUUGUCUGUCUGUUUGAGAUGGCUACAAACAGCACCAACGACUCGUUCGGUCUCGACAACUCCACUGCCUUUGAUUGGGAGCCGUUCUACUACGCCGACCCGCCCUACCGCGAGCUGCAGAUGGUUUGGCUGGCAGUCUGUACUGUUCUGGGGGUCUGCGGGAACAUGGCGCUCCUGAUCACCGUCUCGUGCGUACAGGAGCUGAGAACGCCCGGGAACGCCCUGCUCUGCGCUCUGGCCGUGGCCGACAUCUUCCAACUUGUCACCAAAGUCCCCAUGGCCGUGGUGUUCUUGCAUGAUGGCGAACCGCUGGCCUGUGGCGGCGUCUUCUUCAUCAUAGACACGGUGUACCUGACCAUGGCUCAGUUUUCCAUCAACGUCAUUGCACCGAUUUCCAUCGACAGAUACUGGUACAUCUGUGAUCCUUUAAAGUACAGCAAAAACAUGACGUCACUGCGCACCGCUCUCCUGAUUGGUCUGACGCUCCUCCUUGCCAUGGUAACGAUGGUGCAUCCUCUGUUUGAAGGAUGGAACAACUACUUCCACCCACCUCUCUUCGUCUGCAAAUAUCUGGGCACAGCUCGGAAGAGCAGACAGGCCAUGGUGAACAUUUCUAUCGCAGUGACUGUGAUCAUCAUGCUGUACUGCUAUUGCAAGAUCUGGCGUGAGUUAAAACGACGCCAGCACAGCAGGAUCAACCCCGAGACCCGGUCGGAGAUUGAGUACGGGGAGACCAUCGCGGUCCAGCCGACCCGUCUGCCCAGCCCUGAGUCUCGCCACAGCCCGGAGACGUCAGAAGAAGGCCGUGUCCAUGACGAGCAUUUCUUCUCCCCCUUCUCGCCGGAAGAGACCACCUUCACGUCACCCCAUGGCCAGCCGUGCGUCCAGGCUAUCUCCUUGUCAGAGGUCGCCUCAGCAGAGGUCACCUUCACCGAACACGGUGACAGACUGGAUCAGAUUUCUCCAGGAUCUCCUGGACAGCUCCAGGAGCAACCGGUCCCGUUGGCUUGGGUCGGAACCCAGCAUGUGAUCUCCCCGGAGUUCAAAGCUCGAAUGAGAACGGCCACCAUGGUUCUUCUCAUCGUGGUGGCCUAUGUGGUUUCCUGGGCUCCGUACUUCGCUGUCAUCAUCCGAAGCAACGCGCUGGGGGACGAAGUCUCCACCACCACCGACGGUCCAUGGCAGCGGUUCGCCGUGCUGUUCUCUCUGCUGUCCACCUUCUCCAACCCGAUCAUCUACGCCUAUCGGAACCCUCAGCUUCGAGAGGGUUUCUUCGGACUGGUACGCAGACGAUCAUUGUAGACUUAUAGUUUACAGUCUAUCAAUGAGGAAUCUUACAUGUAGGUAUAACAUCGAUUGGAUAAAACAUAGAGAGAGUAAUCCUCAGAUAGCUAGGGUAUGUGGAAAGAAUGGAUGAGGGAAGAAUUCAUAAGAUAACUUUUAAAUAGUCUGUGUAACACAAACCCUGCUGUCCAGGGCUGUAACUGGCCCCUCCCACUCGAUAUAGCUAGCUACUUUAUUCAUUGGCUUGUUUGAAAAAGUUCAAAUGUUAUUGUCAACUAUUUGUUGUACAUCUCUAGAUUUUAUGGUAUAUUUGAGCUGUUUCGGAAGUGAUCAUUGUAACGUUAGAUGUUUUGAUUGUAAAUACUUUAAAAGGUAGCUAAACGAUCUCACCAUUGCCAGAAGUGUGGCAUAUCUUGUGCGUUACUUGUAUCUUUGUAAUAUUACUAAGUAAUCAAAUUAUGUUAUACUUCGGUUUCCAUGCUAGAAAGAGAUGUCUGGAACAGCAUUAUUCACGGAACCUCGCACAUACGAUGAUGAACUGAUCUGAACUGAGUAAUCAAGUCAAUUGAGUAGAACUUCGUUCUAUAUUCUGUCAGGAGAAAUGUAGAAGUGCUCAAUGUAGAAGUAACGUUAGUUGCUCAUUUGUCAAUAUGCUAGCAAAAUGACUUUGUAUAGUGUUCUUGCCAACAGCGUACUGUACACAAGUGUGUAUCUUUGGCUGUGUGUUGACAUCUUUGCAGUAUAUCAUUUCAUUAUAUGUAUGAUGUAUUUUACUUGUUUGUCGUCUGCUGUGCCCUUCGAUGUACUUAGUAUGUAGAAUGGCCUAUAGUUAUUCAACUGCAUACUGACAUAUUACAAUCAUUGCAAUGUAGAUAAAA